CAGUACGAGAAAAGUUUUUGAGAUGGGCUCAGCUCUUCUUAACGCUGGCGUCCCACUGUUCCUGAUUUUGAUGGGCGUGGCUUGGGGCCUACCCACAAUAACACCCAAAAUUGAAUCGGGAACAGAGGCGAAUAGCCCCAUUGAAACCACAGCUCCACCAGGCGGAUCAGAAGUGGAGAGUCAAUGCCACUCUGCUUGGCAAAAGUUCUUGAUCGAUUUUGAUGUGCAUUACGAGAGCGAACCCGUAGCGAAGAAACGUCGCAAUAUCUUCUGCGAGAAUUGGCAAAAGAUUCAGAAUCACAACUUACUAUAUGAAUCGGGAGUCGAGUCCUUCAAGAAGGGUAUAAAUCAGUUUAGUGAUCUUACCUUUGAGGAGUGGAAGCAAAAACAACAACCUCGUCCCAAGGUUGAAGCCACUAAAGAAGCAUCUAAGGAUGAGAUAGAUAAAACAAAAUGCCUGGCUGCCUGGAACAAGUUCUUGAUUGACUUUGGAGCAAAAUAUCAAGAUGAUGGUGAAACUGAGAAACGUCAUAGAAUUUUCUGCGAUAAUUGGCGAAAGAUUCAAGAUCACAACUUACAAUACGAAUCGGGAGUAGAGUCUUUCAAAAAGAGUAUAAAUCAGUUUAGUGAUCUAACCUUCGAAGAGUGGAAAGAGAAACAACGACCUAUUGUUGCCUCAGAGUUUUCUAAGCUUGAAAACACUACCAAAGAUGAUCAAGACACCGUUAAAUGUCAGGCUGCCUGGAAGAAGUUUUUGAUUGACUUUGAAGCAAAAUAUAAAGAUCAAGCUGAAACCGAGAAACGUCGCAUCAUUUUCUGCGAUAAUUGGCAAAAGAUUCAGAAACACAACUUACAAUACGAAUCGGGUGUUGAGUCUUUUCAGAUGGGUAUAAAUCAUUUUAGUGAUCUAACUUUUGAAGAGUGGAAGCUGAAACAAAGCCAGAGCUUACAAAGGAAAAUUUCAAACCCAAAUAAUUAAACUGGAUAGAGAAUAAUGGAAUAAACUACUGAAGUGUUAGGGGAAACUAAAAUAACUCCAUAAACAUUCCAGUCUCAUAUUAAACCUUCCCCAUAUUUAAAAAUAUACGUGUAUACCAGGCAACAAACACUCCUCAGAUUUUCAGGUUGGUUUUUAAAAAUAUUUAUUUAUAUUUAUUUGAGGGAUUUCCAGUUGAGAAUCUUGUUUGAGGAGUUUCUCUGUUACAAUAGUGUUCGCAAAUGUUCAAGCCGAUUUUGGGCUGGGUUCGCUAUUCUUUUCGAUCUUAAUUUUUGAAAUGAGUAAAUUUGGUUUUUUGUUUCUUUGCCUACCAUUUUAACGCACACAAAUUCUACAUGAUUAAUUUAUACUUGUAUAUUUGCUGAGAUCCCUAUCUCCUUGUUGCAUUUAACAGGCCGUUUCGUAUUACACGUACAAUCCGUAAAUAUAUAUAAUAUAUAUGUAUGUAUAUAGUUUUUAAUUUAACAAAUACAUUUUUAGGUUAUCGCAAGUUGCUGCACUAAGUGAACAUUUAUGUAAUCAAUAUGUUUACAUUCAUUGAUAUUUGAGUAUAUUAAAGGGGCCAUUACACCCAGUUUUUCUA